GUGUCAAAGCGGAGAGGCGUACGGGGGAGCUGCUAUCAGAGGCAGUGUGCCCCGGGAAAAGAAAAUGACCAACGCCGCCGCCGCGGAUGGUGGUGCUGUGGGCUGCACGUCUUCGCUGGCGCCGGGGCGCUGGAACAUCUCAAGCCCAGAAAAGGCUGCUGGGCAGCCGGCUGACCGCGGCUCGUCCAGGCGGUCGUGCGAGGGGGGUGUGGUAGUUCGGAGAAAUCGUUGUUGUUCUUCUCUUUGAUGAACCCUAGUGCGAACAGGCCGCCAUGGCGACGUUCCAGGAGUUCAUCCAGCAGAACGAGGACCGGGAUGGGGUCCGCUUCAGCUGGAACGUGUGGCCCUCCAGCCGCCUGGAGGCGACCAGGAUGGUGGUCCCCGUGGCCACCCUUCUGACCCCCCUCAAGGAGCGCCCGGACCUGCCACCCAUUCAAUACGAGCCCGUCUUGUGCAGCCGGGCGACGUGCCGGGCGGUUCUGAACCCGCUGUGUCAAGUGGAUUACAGAGCAAAGCUGUGGGCCUGUAAUUUCUGCUACCAGAGGAACCAGUUUCCUCCAACCUAUGCAGGGAUUUCAGAAAUGAACCAACCAGCGGAGCUUCUGCACCAGUUUUCUACGAUUGAAUAUGUCGUACAGAGAGGUCCUCAGAUGCCUUUAAUCUUCCUCUAUGUUGUUGACACCUGCAUGGAGGAUGAAGAUCUGCAGGCUCUGAAGGAAUCCUUGCAGAUGUCGCUCAGUCUUUUACCGCCCACAGCCCUAGUGGGACUCAUCACCUUUGGGAGAAUGGUGCAGGUCCACGAGCUGGGCUGUGAAGGAAUCUCCAAGAGCUAUGUCUUCAGAGGGACAAAGGACCUCAGUGCUAAACAGCUUCAGGAGAUGCUGGGCCUGACUAAGCCAGCGGCAGCCCAAGCAGGGCGAGGAGUGCAGGUCCAGCAGCCCCCUCCUUCCAACAGAUUCCUGCAGCCCGUGCAGAAAAUCGACAUGAAUUUAACAGACCUCCUGGGAGAGCUGCAGCGUGACCCCUGGCCUGUUCCUCAAGGCAAGAGACCCCUGCGAUCUUCGGGAGUGGCCCUUUCCAUUGCGGUCGGCCUGCUGGAGUGCACUUUUCCCAACACGGGCGGCCGCAUCAUGAUGUUCAUCGGAGGGCCGGCCACUCAGGGUCCGGGGAUGGUCGUGGGGGAUGAACUGAAGACGCCCAUCCGGUCUUGGCAUGACAUUGAGAAGGACAAUGCUAAGUUCAUGAAAAAGGCGACUAAACACUACGAGGCUCUGGCGUCAAGAGCCUCAAACAGCGGCCAUAUCAUUGAUAUCUAUGCCUGCGCUCUGGAUCAGACAGGACUGCUGGAGAUGAAGUGCUGUACCAAUUAUACAGGAGGCUAUAUGGUGAUGGCAGAUUCCUUCAACACGUCUUUGUUCAAGCAGACCUUCCAGAGAGUGUUUACUAAGGACGUGCAGGGGUCUUUUAAAAUGGCAUUCGGCGGGACUUUGGAAAUAAAAACAUCAAGAGAAAUAAAGAUAUCUGGGGCUAUUGGACCAUGUGUAUCACUCAAUGCUAAAGGACCAUGUGUCUCAGAAAAUGAGAUUGGAACAGGUGGCACCUGCCAGUGGAAGAUUUGCGGUCUUGAUCACAACUCAACUCUUGCUGUAUAUUUUGAGGUGGUCAACCAGCAUAAUGCCCCGAUACCACAAGGUGGCCGCGGUGCGGUGCAGUUUGUGACCCAGUAUCAGCACUCCAGUGGCCAGAGGCGCAUUAGAGUCACCACUAUUGCCAGAAACUGGGCGGACGCGCAGACCCAGAUCCAGAGCAUCGCGGCCUCCUUCGACCAGGAGGCCUCGGCCAUCCUCAUGGCCAGGCUGGCCGUGUUCCGCGCCGAGAGCGAGGAGGGCCCCGACGUGCUGCGCUGGCUGGACCGGCAGCUCAUCCGCCUGUGUCAGAAGUUUGGAGAUUACCACAAAGAUGACCCCAAUUCUUUUAGGUUCUCUGAAACCUUCUCUCUCUAUCCCCAGUUCAUGUUUCACUUAAGAAGAUCCCCGUUCCUGCAAGUUUUUAAUAACAGCCCUGAUGAGAGCUCGUACUACAGACACCAGUUCAUGAGGCAAGACCUGACCCAGUCCCUCAUCAUGAUCCAGCCUAUUCUUUAUGCUUACUCUUUCAACGGGCCACCAGAGCCUGUUUUGUUAGACAGUAGCAGCAUUCUCCCAGAUCGAAUUCUCCUCAUGGACACCUUCUUCCAAAUUCUCAUUUACCAUGGAGAGACAGUAGCUCAGUGGCGCAAAGCUGGCUACCAGGACAUGCCAGAAUACGAAAACUUCCGGCACCUGCUGCAAGCACCAGUCGACGACGCGCAGGAGAUUCUGCACAGCCGGUUCCCGAUGCCCAGGUACAUCGACACGGAGCAUGGAGGCAGCCAGGCUCGUUUCUUGUUAUCAAAAGUCAAUCCCUCACAGACCCACAACAACAUGUACGCGUGGGGUCAGGAAUCUGGAGCUCCAAUCCUCACUGAUGAUGUCAGCUUGCAGGUGUUUAUGGAUCACUUGAAGAAACUUGCUGUCUCCAGCGCUGCCUAACUGGCUCUGUGAGGAAGGAUGGAGGAAGAACUAAAUGACACAAGAUUUCAGACCCUUUUAGCUUAAGCGACCACUUGCUGUGUUUAUGGUACUGCAGUGUAACAUACAGUUUACAGAUCUUCUACACAGAGAUGGAAAAGCAAGGUCAACAAAUCAAUACUAUGCAUAUUCAAAGAAGCUUGUACUAUCACCAGUAGAAAUGUGAAAAAAUUUCAGAAAUUACUUUUUUUUUCUUUAGAAGAAAUCCUAAAUACAGGAGUGUGGGUGCUGCCUUUAACCUUAGACUCCGAAGGUGCUGCUUUGAGUCACUAGAGUUCUACCAGAAAAGAUAAUAAAAUCUCUAUUUCCAACUGGGGAUUGGUAUUAAUGUGACAGUUGCUAAUUUCAAUCUGUAUUCUUGUCCCUGGGUGUGUAGCUGCCUGGUAUUUAAAUUCUUGUUUCCUUUUAGAACAUUAAGAAUAUUUUUACUAACACUGCAGUUUCAGCCAUCUGAUGUUCAGACAUAUCUGUGGGGACUGUUGAUAUUGCAGUGUAGAGUUAGUCAAUUUGUGCCUAGUUUUCUGAAUAAGCUCAAAACCCCUUCCUAGAAGAUCUUCUACAUUAUACAGUUGGAUUGCCUUUGGAAGCUCUGAAUCAUAUCUUCAAUCAUAGAUAUAUUGAAGUUAAACUUGCUAGCAAUACCAAAUCCAGUUUGGGAUAUGAAGUACAGAAUGCACUGACCUAAUGAUAGCAUGACCAGUAUUUAGUGCAAAUAUUCCCGUCAAAUACUGUUGCUUCUCAAAGUACAUUUUCCAGUCUGUAGGUCAGUGUGAUGUUUUCUCCGUCACUGCAGUAUAAUUGUAGUUGCCAUUUAGUUUUCCAGCCCAUCUCUAAUCGAGACAUGCACAGAGCUGAAUUAACACUAAUGUCUGGAGUAGACGUGCUGAGGGUGAAAGCUGCCUUGUUUCUCUCAUGUUCUGAAUGCCUUGUGUGCAACAGUAUUAAAUACAUCUUGUAUUUCUAAUAAAACAUUACCAGAAACCUGAAA